AUGCACACUACCAACUUGCCUGAUCCCGAAAGGCAAGUGACCAUCCCAAUGACAGCCAACAAUGUGGCACAUGUCGCCUUUCCCUCUCCACGCCACCUGCACAACGAAAUCCUCCCUCGACCAUUCGACUGCAACCGCAAUGCCAUCCUCAGUUUCAGUUGUCUAGGCACAAGGCUAAGCAAUUCCCUCUACGUGGUCAUCACUGCUUCAAAGGCAGAAUUUCGUCCACGAACACAGCACCGUGUGGCAGCCAAUGCAAUGCGCAACACCAAACCAAUCCAAAUGGUUGCUCACAUUGUCACCCUCGCUGUUGACGGCUGUCCAGCUCUACUCAAAGGGAGGACAAAUGCUGAAUGCUGA